GCUCUGACGUUUGUCCAACAUCAUCAUCGUCUCUCGCGUCAUGGAAAACGAUUCGCGUCUAACAGAGCAGCGCCUAAGCACUUGACACUCGCGCGAAUCUUUGUCCCUCAUUAUUGCCAGUAGUGCCAGUUUACGUCUUUCGCUUCGUUCCUUACAUAAUGAAAUAGUGAUGGUCAAACUUGACCCAGUUGAAAAUCAUUCUAGCGCGAGUUCCUUCCCGUUGUCUGUGCAAUAGUAUUUACCAGGAUGCUGUUCUGGACGAAAAUCUCGAUCGGUGCUGCUGGUGUUGUGCUCGCUAAAGGCAGUUGGAGGCAGUGUUCUUGUGCCUUGGCCAGGCGAUUAUACAGUCAGCAGAGCAAAGCUUCGGCAGGACAAUCACCGCUGGAUGUGUUGGACGAGAAAAUCGCUCGCAAUGAAAUUCAGCCCGAUGACCAUCAGAAGCGAGUGACGGCGGCCUUGCAAAUUGUGUACGACAGUAUUCAGGGCUAUAGCCCUCCGAAGCCGACCAGUGGACUGGGGAAAUGGUUCAGCUUCGGGAAAAAGGAACCCAAGGUGCAAGCUCCCAAAGGAUUGUACAUCUACGGUAGUGUUGGUGGGGGAAAAACCAUGCUGAUGGAUAUGUUCUACGACUGCUGCUCGAUAGACCGCAAGCGGCGCGUCCACUUCAACUCGUUCAUGACCGACGUGCACUCGAAGAUCCACGAGAUAAAAUCGAGACAGGUGCGUGACGUGAGCAACACCAAACCGCAGCCAUUCGACCCGAUCAAACCGGUCGCGGAAAUAAUCACCCAAGAUUCGUGGCUGAUAUGUUUCGACGAGUUCCAGGUCACAGACAUUGCGGAUGCGAUGAUUCUGAAGCGUUUGUUUACCUAUUUGUUCGAUAGUGGAGUUAUUGUGGUAGCAACAAGCAACCGAGCCCCCGACGAUCUCUACAAAAAUGGGCUGCAGCGCAGCAACUUUGUUCCCUUUAUCGGGGUGCUGAAGAAUCACUGCCGGGUUGUUACGCUGGACAGUGGCGUGGAUUACCGGACGGCAACACUCAAAGGAGAGGGCAUGCACUAUUUCGUAAAAUCUCAAAUGGAUGCCGAUGGAGCCAUGGAUAAACUCUUCAAGGUCCUGUGCUCGCAAGAGAACGACAUGAUUCGCCCGAAAACGUUCACCCAUUUUGGGCGCAACAUUUCCUUCGCCAAGACCUGUGGACAGGUGCUGGAUAGUACAUUCGAUGAGCUAUGUGAUAGGCCCCUCGGUGCAUCGGAUUACAUUCAGAUAUCGCAGUUCUUCCACACCGUACUUAUCAGGGAUAUUCCGCAGUUAAAUCUGAAGCUGAAAUCCCAAACUAGACGAUUCAUUACGCUGAUUGACACCUUGUAUGACAAUCGAGUUCGGUUGGUCGUUUCAUCGGAGGUCCCGUACAAGAUCCUCUUUUCGAACGAGAAACCCGAGGACCUGCACACCUCGGACGAGCAUCGUAUGCUGAUGGACGACUUGAAAAUCACCAAAGACUCCACCGACGCCAGCUCCAACAUCUUCACCGGAGAGGAGGAAGUAUUUGCCUUCGAACGAACCGUGUCCCGGCUGGCCGAGAUGCAAUCGGCCGAGUAUUGGUCCCUCUGGGAAAAGCACCGAUAAGGGGCGUAGUGUGUUUGUCCAUAGGGUGUGCGUGUGUAAUGCGCACAAUACGACCACUGCUGCUGGGCAGUUACGCUUAAGAGGUGGCUUAGGCCACCUCUGAACUUAAAUCACGUGUAAUAGAAUAACAAAUUGAGGCACAUUUAAAAAGGAAAUGUAAAUAUAUUUAUUCGAAUAAAGAAGUAUCAGAUGACGAAGCAGGAA